AUGUGUGUGCCGGCACACAGCGAAUUCGGGAGGUGCAAAAAUGAGAAGAUCGAUGGACCUCCUCUCCUCCCCUCUUCCUCUUCCUCGGCUCAGUGGCGCACGCACGUCUGUUGCUGGACAAGAAUAGCAGGAAAGCCCUGCUGUGUGUCCCCCCCCCCACCCCUUUCUCUCGCUGGCAAGCCUGGUGAGCAUUAUCGUCUCCAGAGGGAAGGGGAGGCUCACAUCUGCACACCCGCUCAGAUCUCCUCCUCACUCCCCACUCUCCCUCUCUCCUCUCCGCCCCCCCCCUUCUAUGGUGCUACUCACAGCAAUAGUUGCCUUGUCGGCAGGAUGCUCUCGUGGAGUGGCAGAGCGUCUGUCGUGCGCUGCACUUCUGUAGCAGCGCACUGCCCCGCCGCGGCGACAUCGCAGCUCCUCUUCUACUCCUCACAGCGAAACGGCCACGGGGCUCGCGAUCCGCAUCGCGACAGUCUGCUGCCUCACGCUGCGUCAACGGCUGCACCCGCGCCAGCAGCGGUGCACACGCAGCGAGCGCGCGCCCGUAAAGCUUUAAAACGAACAUCGCUGCUCGAGCAGCUUCUCGACUGCAAUGGUGGCGAGAGCGGCACCGAAGACUUGAGCAAGGUGCCAUCCGGUGAUGGUCUCGUAGCGUCUGCAACAGCGGCGUCGCCGUCGGUACCGGUCCUCCAUCCUGCGGCCGCCAUGUCGCCGGCAUAUAUUACUUCGUCCGAAUUUGCUAGCGCACCCAUCCCAAAGCAGCCUCAGCACGUGUGGCCGCCACAUAGAACGCACAGCGCCGCAGCCGCAGCACCUCUACCCUCGCCUGCCGCCUCCGCAGAGUUGCUGCGGCAGCAGCAAGCCCUCCGCGAUGCCUUCACGCACGCGCGACAGCACCACAAUGUGCGUCUUGCCAAAGACCCUGGUGUCUACCGCGCAGAGUGCCGGGCUUUCCGCCAGGCUCAUCAAGGUCGAUCUCCGACGCAGCAAGAGGUGAGCCGCAUCGUCGCUGUUCCACUGGCGCCGGUUGCGGCGCUCAAGACCCUAGCCCACGUGAAUGGCAAGCGAUCCUCGCUGCACGCCACAACCGAGGCCGCCGUGAUGCUGCACAAUGCGGUGGUAAAAAAUGAGCUAGUGAAAAGCAACACACCUCAGCUCGUCCGCUGCCUUCGCUGCUUUCACGUCUACGCGGCUCGCCCUCGAACACUGUGGGGAGGCGAGGUGGAGCAGAGCUUCACCGAGUACGAGAAGGCACAGAAGGCGCAGCAACAUCAGAGGACUGCACCUGGCAAGCGUGCGAGGAGCGUGGGCCGACGUCGACGUGCGUACGAAGACGACCCGACCUGCUGUCCAAAGUGUCGCAGCCCUCGUGCGCAGUGGAUGAUGGAGUACGUGCACCACCACACUCAUGAGCGAGUGUGA